AUGGUCAAGAAUAUGGAGAAACUUGACUGUGUCGUUGUCGGUGCCGGAUGGUACGGCUUGGGCGCCGCGAAGCAGUAUCACUGCACACAGCCGGACAUGUCGCUGGCAGUCUUCGACUCCCAGCCCAGUCUUGGUGGCACGUGGUCAGAAAGCCGCCUGUACCCGGGAUUGAAGAGCAAUAACCUCGUUGGGAUGUUUGAGUAUCCUGAUUUUCCAAUGGAUAGCGAGACCUUCGAUAUCCUGCCAGGCCAGCACGUUCCUGGAACCACAGUAUAUCAGUAUAUGACGGCGUAUGCGAAUAAAUUCGGCAUCGCCGACAAGAUUCGGUCGAGCCAUAAGGUUCUCACGGCCGAACACCAGGAAACAGUCGAGGGUGGAUGGGUCCUCACCGUCUCUAACCAGAACGGGGAAGAAUCCACAGUCUUCGCCCGCCGCCUCAUUAUCGCGACAGGGCUCACAUCCGAGCCGUGGCUACCUCACUUUGAGGGUCAGGAAUCCUUCGGUGGACCUAUUUUCCACGGAAAGGACUUCCGGAAGAACGCUGAGACUUUGAACACUUCCAAGUCAGUAGUCAUUUUCGGUGCUACCAAGUUUGCCUGGGAUGCCGCGUACGCUUAUGGGAAAGCUGGCGUUAAAGUAAACUGGAUCAUCCGCUCCACUGGCCAUGGGCCGUGCUGGAUGGCUCCUCCAUACGUCACUCCGCUUAAGAAGUGGCUCGAGAAACUGGCUAAUACGAGGAUGUUGAGCUGGCUGAGCCCUUGUGUUUGGGGUGAUGCGGAUGGCUAUUCCGGCAUUCGCAACUUUUUCCAUGGCACCGCCGUCGGACGAACACUUGUCGACGGCUUUUGGAAAGUACUAGGUGACGACGCCAAGACUUUGAUGGAAUAUGACUCUCAUCCCGAUACUGCCAAGCUUAAGCCAUGGACCAAUGCUAUGUUUACGUCCACCAGCUUCAGCAUUCUCAACUACGACACCAACUUCUUCGAUCUCAUCAGGAAUGGUACGGUCCAAGUUCACGUUGGUGAAAUAGAUCACCUUAGUGCUGGAAAAGUACACUUAGUUGAUGGGACUGAAUUCGAAGCCGACGCCAUGUUGGCCCACACCGGCUGGAAGCAUGUACCGCCGAUCAAGUUCCUCCCCGAGGGCAUCGAGAAAGACAUGGGUCUUCCCCAUGCACCCAUUGAGAAUGCACCGAGGGAAGACCUUGCCGGCCAAAAAGAUCUUGUUGAUCUGGCCGAUAAAGAGAUUCUUGAUCGCUUCCCCAGGCUCAAGGACCAGCCAGUCUUUAACAAGCAAUACAUACCCAUGACAGACCGCAAGGGAAUCGACAGCAAGGACGAGGUCACCCCUUACAAGACACUUACGCCGUACAUGCUCCACAACUUCAUCGUCCCACCCGCGGAGCGCUUCUUGCGCACUCGCGACACUGCCUUCGUAGGAAUGGUCAGCAAUUUCAGCAACGUCAUCACAGCGCACCUCCAGGGCCUCUGGAUCAGCGCUUAUUUCUCCGGCUUGCUUGUUAACGACCCUGCGGCAGCGGUCGGCGACGAGUCGGCGAUGAAGAAGUUGCAAUACGACACUGUUCUCCUGAACCGCUUCGGCCACUGGCGUUAUCCUACGGACUGGGGCAACAACAAGUGCCCGAGCUUUGUCUUUGAUGCUGUCCCGUAUCUUGACCUGCUCCAACGUGACCUGGGCCUGGUGCCCUGGCGCAAGAAGGGGUUCAUGGCGGAGAUCUACAGCCCCUACGCACCUGAGGAUUACCGCGAAGUCAACGAUGAAUGGACCACAAAAUAUGGUAGCAACAAGGUUGUAUCUGCGUCUUAA